AUGGCGACCCCUACGAUGGACACUCUCCAACGCGCACGCAGAGCAUCCCAGGACGUUGCUGGCUUGCCGCUCGAAUUUCUCGAUGCGACCUGCUACUUUAUCACCUCGUCUGCGUUUGACACACUCCUACAAUGUACAUCGAGCCACUCGCCGCUCCUUGCUGCGAUGCAAGCAGAACCGGCGGCGAGUCAACCGCGCCGACGGCUCUCGAUCUCGACGUCGACGACUCACUUUUUCACUGGCUCUCUAGUCUGCACAAAUCCGCCACUCGUGCUCGCCACCGGUACUUCUGUCGACGUGCUCGAACGCGACUGGGCAAAAUAUUUCGUCCUCGUCGACCUGAACAACGUUGCACCCUCGGGACACUUGCCGUCCCUCUUCAGUACCGUAUCUUGCCUGCAUGCCAUCUCCAAGGGCUACCGUUUGGGCGUCUUCGGCGAGGUCAAUUGGAUGCUACUCGAGGUUGCACCAUUACGGAAACACAUACCCUCUGGCGCAGGUUCGAAUGGGAGCUGUGCAAUGAACAGCAGCAACAAUGCGCAGGCCACGAGUCUGCCUAUCGCGAUCCCUCCAACCUCUUCCUCGUUAUUUGCGGACGUCAUAAACGGCCGGAGAGGUCGAUCAAAUAGCCUUCCAUUGGUUCAGACACCAGACGAGUAUGCCAGCGAUAACGGGAGUAGCGAUAGCUCGCAUGUGGCGUCUUCGCCCGAAGAGGUAGAGGGACCAGAAACUUGGACCUCAUCGUCAUCGACCUCGUCCUCCACCGGCGCACGGGGAUAUUUUUCUCAGCAACGAACAAGGAGCCCAUCGAUGGCGUCGAGACACAGAGAUGAGUGGAAAACGCACCCAGAGCUGAACCCGUCACAUUCGGUCUGUUUUGAUUGGACGCAAGCGGCAUCGUACUCGCCUGGGUCGCAAGAGCCAUCGAGAAUGGACAAGAAGAGGAGACGGUCAUCUAUCAUGGCACGUCCGACGUCGAUCCACUCGAUCCACGCCCUAUUGCGCGCACGCCUCUCGUGCCUGUACACCCCUUAUCGCUCGCGAAGUCGAAUCUCCCUGCGUGUCUACUUUGGACGUUCGACGACUCAUGGAGAGCAAUGGAGACUGGACGAUGGACUGCUGGUGGCCGUGGACGAUGGACGGCCGUGCGGAGACGAUUGCUGGAAGCUAGGCGGGAACGGUCGAGAAUAUCUCACAAGCGACGACGAAUACGAGUGUACGCUCACGUCUGGACUCGUGGCGGAGGGCGUACUGGAAGAUCGACCGGCCGCGACCAUGCGGCGGGUCCGGUUGAUUCGAAGGAGUGGAAGCUGGGAAACUGACGUGGAGAGGGUAGUACCGCAGGUCUUUGUCGAGGUGGAGGACCCAGAAGAGGAUGUAUCGUGCACGCUUGGCCCUGUCCUGUUUGAGCCCGAGGGGAUUCGUGGGCGUGAAUGGGUGGGCGAGAUUCCGACGCUGGUGUGUUGA